GAAACAAUGGCAGCCUUCAAGGAAGCAAGAGAAGCAGAGAUUCACGUGCUAAUGGUGGCAUUCUCCGCUCAAGGCCACAUAAACCCCAUGCUUAGGUUAGGCAAUCGCCUCACUUCCAAGGGCUUACACGUUACCCUCGCCACCACCGACGUCGGACGAAACCGUAUGCUCAAAUCCAACCCUUCCACCACCACCGCAUCCAAUGACACAAAUAUACGUUUGGAGUUCUUCUCCGAUGGACUCAGCGACGACUUCGACCGCUGGAACCAUAUCGACCACUUCCUGGACAGCAUCGGUAAAUUCGGUCCUACCAAUCUCUCCAAACUCAUCAACGAUCUCUCCGGUGACGGUCACCGUCCUAAGUUCUCAUGCAUCAUUUCUAACCCCUUCGUACCAUGGGUGGUAGACGUCGCUGCCCAACAUAAAAUCCCCUGUGCCCUCCUUUGGAUCCAACCCUCUGCUCUCUACGCCCUCUACUAUCGCUUCUUCCACCACUUGAACUCCUUCCCGACCCAGUCCGACCCGAACCCCACCGUUUACUUGCCGGGUCUCCCACCGCUCCAAACCGCAGACCUGCCAACCUUCGUUCUACCCUCCAAUACCAUCACUGGCUUCCCCAAGUUGUUGUCCGAGUUGUUCAAAAGCCACAUGAAAAAGUUCAAAUGGAUACUCGGUAACUCAUUCUACGAGCUUGAGAAGGAAGUGGUGGACUCAAUGGCCCAACUCUGCCCCAUCAGGCCCGUAGGCCCACUCGUGCCAUCCACGCUUGUAGGACUGAGUGAAGGUCAAGGUGGUGACAAUGACAUCGGCGUUGAUAUGUGGAAACCGGAAGAAAAGUGCAUCGAAUGGUUAGACCGGAGAUCGGUAUCGUCAGUCAUUUAUGUCUCCUUCGGCAGCGUCACAGUUCUAUCCGAGAAGCAGAUGGAGAACAUCGCAAUGGCUCUCAAAAACAGUGACCGUCCAUUUCUUUGGGUUCUCAAGUCAAAGGACAACGCAGUGCCAGUAGGAUUACCGGCCGGAUUCUUGGAAGAAACGGAAGAUCGGGGCUUGGUGGUGUCGUGGUGCACUCAAACGAAGGUGCUGGCUCACCCUGCCGUUGCCUGCUUUAUGAGUCACUGUGGGUGGAACUCGACGCUGGAGACGAUCGCCGCCGGAGUUCCGAUGAUCGCUUGUCCACAGUGGACGGACCAGCCGAGCAAUGCUAAGCUGAUAGUGGAUGUGUUUGAGAUGGGUGUGCGGGUCGAACCAGAUCCAGAUGGGAUGGUUAGCAAGGAAGAAGUGGAGAGAUGCAUCGUGGAAAUUACGAAGGGGCCCAAGUCGGAGGAAAUGAAGAGAAAGGGCGUCCAAUGGAAAGAGGCGGCGAAGAAUGCCGUGGCUGAACAUGGUUCGUCUGAUCAGAACAUCCAAAUUUUUGUGGACGAGAUCGUUGGAAUGCAUUCCUUAGCUCCCUCCAUGGCACCCCACUCGAUGACGAUGACGACUAGUGAAGAAUCUCCGAUGUUGGAAGGGGCCAAGGGCUAA